UGCUAUUGAACUGAGGUCAGCCCUAUUGCACAUUGCGCGCGGCUCUUGAAUAGCGGACGGAUGGGUCACACAAACGGAACAUUUUCCGUGUGUUUUGAGAUAUUAUAGGCUUUUCUGAGCACAACUUGACUUUGAUCCAAGGGAGGUGUACUACUUCAUUGUUUCUCUAGCAGGGAUAUGUCUCUGAUAGUGAAAGUUUGACCAUGAAGGAGUCCAUACAGAAUGCUGUGGUGGGCUUCUGUGUAGGUGCUGCUAGUGUGGGCGUGGCUGUCGUUGUUGCACACCGUCUCCGAUGGCUGCAGUUUGCCGCUGUGAAGAGUGGGACCAAUCACAGGCUAGAACCAGAACGAGGCUCAGGACAUCCAGCCUCCGAGGUCGAAGCUGCAACACAAUCCAUCCAAGCCGAAGACGUUUUGAGCAGAGAGUCGGCGCAGGCGCUCAACGAGGCGCGGGAAACCAUCCUGACCCUCCGGGCGCUGGGCGGAGCGGACCAAGUCACGGAGGAUGUGGGGGGGACCAGCAUCAACUCUGCCGAGAGUCAGAACAUUCUCAACCUUCUGUACAACAUUGCUGAGGACCAGGCUAGAAAAGAGGGCUAUGUGCACAGAGGGAUCACCUGUAACAUCUGUAACAACAGUCCUGUGUGUGGCACCAGGUACAAGUGUGGAAACUGUGUGGACUAUGACGUGUGUGAGAGGUGUGAACCGCUGGACAUCCACGACAAGAGUCACAUGUUCAUCAAGAUCACCAUCCCCCUCCCCCCGCUGGCCAGUCCGCGGGCAGCCUUGUUCAAACCACUCUUCACAGGUUCCACUGCCAGGGACCACAGUCUGCAGCCGAUCUCCUGGAGUCAUGUCAAAAGGCUACAGAAAAUCACUCACUUUGAUCACUUUGAGCUGGAGGCACUGUAUGAACAGUACCGAUGUCUGUGUGACCAGGACGCAGUCAUCAAGAGGGACACCUUCAACUUCUGUCUGGGACCGCUGGGUACCCUCAACAACCUGGUACUGGACAGGCUCUGGCAGUUCUACGACUUUAACAACGAUGGAGUCAUUGACUUUGAUGAUUUUGCAAAAGGCCUGUCUGUCCUUGUGAAGGGGACUCAGGAGGAAAAGACCAGAUUUGCAUUCCAAGGUUAUGACAUAGAGAAGAAAAACUCACUCAGCAGAGAAAACCUGACUAAGCUGUUAAAGGCAUAUUUCCAAGUUUCCAUCGAGCUUGUAAGAGACGUGGUCAAGGCAUGUGAAGAAGAGAUGAUGCUAAACUUUGAUGACAGCCAGGGCAAGCCUGUGUCGGCCCUGUUCAACGCUCCCAUUCCAUCCUCCGGCCAGCAGGGCAGGACAGCGAACGGGAAACCCCCCAUUCCUGGGAACCCUGGAGCUACGUAUGGCAAUUUUUACUUGUACUCAUGCCCUUAAAGGCUUCUACCUACA